AAACCCUCAGCAAAGAUGACUGGGAAUUCAGAAGUAAGUUUGAAACUGCUCAGUCCUUUCCCAAAUGAAGGUUGAAACGGCUCAGUCCUUGCCCGAAUGAAGGUUUGAACAGGAAAUGAUCCAUGUUUUAUUGGUUUACACACACAACCUGAGAGCGGUCCCACACUGCUUCCGGAAUGGCUGGUUAUUAACUGCUCUUUCUUUCGUGCUCAAAUGUUUGGAUAGAGUCAGAGGAAGCAACUGAGUGAAGCCUAAGAGAACAUCAGAAAAGAAACGUGCCUGGGUCAUUUGCUGCUGUCCAGAUUCAUUAUCAGUCCCAGCGAUCCUCUUUGUUGGUGUCCAUGAAUCUCUGUCUCAUCUCUUAAAUCUUUCUCCAAUACACAGAGAGAGAGGGACAUUUACACACACUCAGACAUUUACAGACAGACAGUAGGGAGAGAGAGAGAGAAACACAAAAAGACACACAUUUACUGGCAGACACUGGGAGGCACACACACACACACACACACACACACACAUUUAAAUGACGGACAGGGAAAGAGUAUUAGAGAGAGCAAGCAAAAGAGUGAGAGACACAUAGAUACUGACAUUUACAGUGUGUGAGAGAGAGAGAGUGGGAGAGAGACACAGACACCUAUAAGCACACUCAUUUACACACACACUUUGCUCUCUUUUGUUGAUUUAUAGAGUGUCUGAGUUCCAGAUUUCUUCCUUGCUUCUGCAACCUUGCAUUGAUGCAAAUGGAACACGACCACAAUCCCAGCUCUGAGGCAGAUCCCGGAAUACAGGCGCUCAUCCGAUCUCAGCAAACAGUGCAAACCGGCAGCACUGCUGUGUGUCCAACCUUUCAGAACAUCACGGGUCCAGUGAAUGUUACCCUGCAGACAAACACCAGCAGCUCCAGCGAAGAGCCACAACAGCCGAGGGACAUUGUGGACAUUGCAAGACUUCGCGAUAAUCACAGGAAGGUGCUGAGAGUAAAAGUCAAGUACAUCACUGAAUACACAAGCAAGCCUGGUGAAAAGGUCCUUCUAACUGAGCAAUUCACCAAGCUCUGGAUGACUGAUGGCGAAUACAGUGUAAUUCCCCAAAGGCAUGAGGUGAUGGAUAUUGAAGCCUUGUCCAGACAGGCCACAUGUGAUGUGCCUUCCAUUGACUACACUGAAAUAUUCGGCUGCUCCCGUCAGCUGUGCAGGCCGCCUAGGAUUACCUUAACCAAGGGAUUGGCGGGAAUUGGGAAAACCAUUUGUGUGCAUAAGUUCGUUCAUGACUGGACUACUGGCUCAGCGGCCUUGGACUUUGACUUCCUAUUCAUGUUUCCGUUCCGGGAGCUGAACCUGCUGGCUGAGAGCAAACUCAGCAUCAGCCAGCUGGUCCAGAGGUAUUACCCACACAUUGAGGAGGCGGUGUCCCUUUUAAAGAACCCCCGCAUCAAAUGUCUCUUCAUCUUCGACGGUUUGGAUGAAAGUCGCCUCCGCUUGGAUUUCAGUAAAAGCCCGGAAUGUGGUGACAUGGAGCGCAGAAUGCGACUUUGUGUUCUCCUGGUCAACUUAAUCAAAGGAAACCUGCUUUCCCAUGCCUCAGUUUGGAUCACUUCACGUCCCGGAGCUGCCCGCCAAAUCCCAGCUCCUUACAUUGACAGGAUGACAGAAAUCCAAGGAUUCAGAGAUCAGGAAAAAGAGGAAUACUUCCAUAAGAAAUGCAAAGGAAGGGCAGAGAAGAUUCUGGUUAAUGUGAAGAGGCAACCCAGUCUUUUCACCAUGUGUUAUGUCCCAGCUUUCUGUUGGAUUCUGGCUACUGUCCUGGAACAUGCCAUGAAACGCAGUGAGAUGGAUAUCUGCCAGCAAGCCCCUAAGACCAUCACUGAGGUCUACAACAACUUUCUGAUUAUGAUGAUCAUGUAUCACCAAGACAAACAGGACCAUGGGCUAAACGAGAGGGAGAAGAUCAGCGACUUUCUGCAAGCCAAGCGCCCAGCGAUCCUCAGUCUGGGCAGACUGGCUUUCCACUGCCUGAAGGCCCAGAAGCUUGCCUUUUAUCAAAAGGACCUGGAGUCUUUUGGUGUGGACUUGUCUCUUCUCUGUGAUGGCUUUUGCAAGGAGAUCCUCCUAGAAGAGGAACCCAUCUUUCAGCACAAGGCUUAUGUUUUCAUACACCUGACCAUGCAGGAGUAUUUCGCUGCCUUGUACGUUUUCCUCCUGCAUCACAUGGGCCAGUGCCCAAAUCUGCUAGCCAAAGGGCUGAUGAAAAAGAUGCGAGGGCUGUUCUCCCGUCCCACCUUUUCUGACGUGUGUAGAAGCGCAUGUAAGAAAGUGGCAUGGAGCCAAAGUGGGCACUUGGAUCUGUUCCUUCGCUUCCUGUGUGGCCUCUCGACAGAAAAGAAUCUGCAGCUUUUGCAGGGUCUGUCGACCCAGAAGGCCAGUGCCAGAGAGGAUGCUGCACGGACUGCAGCCUACAUUAAGAAAACUUUACAGAGGGACAUAGCUCCAGAACGAUGCCUCAGCCUCCUUUAUUGCUUAAAUGAAUUGAACGAUGGCUGUAUAGCUGACAAACUAAAGGAAUCUUUAAGGGAAGGAGCUCUGGCCACUCGAGACCUACAGAUGGCUGAAUAUUCAGCCAUCGCAUUUGUGCUCCAAACAUCCAGCUGUGACAUGCAGGAGUUCGACAUAACAGAUUACUCCUUUUCUGACGACAUGCUUUGGAGGUUGCUCCCUGUUGCUAAACUAUUCAGGACAAUAAAGUUAGUGCGAAAAGAGGUAACGAACCAUCUGGUGAACUUUCUUGCAGCCCUCCUGAUUUUAUCCAGAAGUCAAGUGCAGGAAGUUCGGCUGGAAGAUACAGAAGUCAGUGGUAUGGCAAUGAAACAACUGUGUAUAGCCUUGAAGAAUCCUUGUUGCAAAUUGCAGAAAAUAAGCUUUUCUGGUACGCACUUGACUCAAAGAUCCUGGGAAGACCUGACUGCUGUUGUCAAGAAAAAACACACAAUAUCAACUUUGGAUUUAAGCUACACUUUCCCAGACCAUUCUGCAAUCGCUUUAUUGGCUGCUGCACUGAAGGAUCCUGAGUGCAGACUGCAGACAUUAAUACUUGUUAACAAUGAUCUCAAUGUUUGCUGUUGUGAGGAGCUGGCAUCUGGGUUGUCCAAAAAUCAGAGGCUGGUAGAACUGAACUUGAGUCACAACCAGCUGAAAGACUUGGAGGUCAUGGCACUGUACAAUGGAUUGAAGGAGCCAAAAUGCAGACUACAAAUACUGCAUCUUAACCAUAACCAGAUCAGCAGCAACAGUUGCCAAGCCCUCGCUUCUGUUCUCACCCAAAACCAAGCACUGUCAUGGCUAAGCCUGACCAACAAUAGGCUCGGUAACGCUGGAGGUAAAAUUCUGUGUGGCGCAUUGAGAAACCAAGACUGCAAACUGGAAAAACUGAGUUUGCGACAUAACAGCCUGACAUAUGAUUGUUGUGAAGAAUUGGCCUUUGUUAUCAAGGAGAAUUCGAGAUUAUUGGACCUGGACAUCAGUGGAAAUAAAAUAACUGAUUCAGGUGUAGGAUGCCUGUGUCAAGUGUCGAAGAACAACAACUCCAAAAUACAGUGUCUCAGGAUUUCCUUGAAUGACCUCUCCGCAAAUUGUUGCCAGGAUCUCGCGUCCCUUCUGGUUGAACUGAGAACAAUAAACGAGCUUCAUCUUAACUACAAUGUUCUUGGAGACUCGGGUGUAAAGCACCUUUGUUGGGUCUUCAAAGUUCGAGGUACUGGAAUGGAAACACUAAGCCUGAAGAGAAAUUAUCUGACGGAUGAGUGUUGUGGAGAGCUCGUUUCUGCUCUUUGUGCGAAGAAUACCCUGAAGUUCCUGGACCUCUCCUUUAAUGGAUUUACAGACAACUGUCUGGAGGACUUCCGCCAUCUUGUACUGAACUGUGCCAAUCUGGAAGAGCUUGUAUUACAAGCAAAUUGUUUCAGUUCCCAAGGUUGCAAAGAGUUGGAGAAGCUGAUGGAGUCCAGGCUUAAUUUACAAGUUAUAACAGAGUGCAACCUGUCUGAAUCUAAGAAGUUUGCUGUUGAAAAAGACUGGCUUUGGUGGCCCAUGGAUGCAGUGUUGAUUUAGCCAGUGUUGGUGAAAUCGCCCUUGAAAGAAGAAUCAAAAAGGAAAAACCAUAUUUGCAACCAACCCCCCCCCCCAACCCCCGCCACUGGCACUCAAAGACUUUGGCCCUUAGAAACGACUUGGUGAGUCAUGUGAGGGCAUCAUGGACCUGUUAUUGGUCAAUCUUGUGUUACUAUAUGCCAUUUGUCCCUCUGAUACAGUCAGACACAGACUAGUUGGGUUGGGGGAGUGGGUCACUGAACUUUUAGCAUGGAGGAGUCUCAUUCAUUAUCAGAAUUAACCAGACAAAUUGACUAAGAACAGCCAUAUACCAUCACCCAUAGAAUUCAGAAUGAGCUACCAAUUAAGGGUACUGUAUAGUGGUUAUGUUCUUUGACUUCUUCUUACACCUAGUGGCACAUGCGGUGCUUGUGCUAACAUAUGUUUCCAUAGCUAGUUUUUCCUGGAACAGGUCACUAGACUGUCCCUGGAGGCUAUAGCUUGAGGGGGACCACUCUACAUCAAGCAUGGCUGACCAGGAGACUCUCCUGCUUUUACCAUCUGCCAACGGCAUAUUGGAAGGAUUUAAAAGUUGAUAAUCAACCAGUUUGACCAAGGUAUGAAUGCAUCUCCCUUGGCCAUCGAGUCCUGGAGUGGGACUCAUACCCAGGGCUUCUGGCUCAGAGGCAGGGAUGCUACCCACUGUGCCACAAGAUCUCUCCAGUGGUUAUGUAACUGAAGGAGGGAUCUAAGAGACCCAGGCCAAUAAGAUGGAGCUGAGAGUUCAAGGUCCACCAUGAUAAUUGAGUAAUUUAAAUUGAGUUAAUUAAAUAAGUCUGCAAUUCACAACCCUGGCGCAACAUGAAUUCUCUCCCUAAACCUCUCUGCCUUGCUUUCCUCCUUUAAGAUACUCCUUAAAAUCUACCUCUUAGACCAAGUUUUUGGGCAUCUUUCUUAAUAACUCCAUAUGUGACUCAGUGUGGUAUUUUGUUUUAUAAUGCCUCUGUGAAAUACUUGAGAAAGCUUUAUUUUGUCAAAGGUACUAUGUUAAUACAGACUGUUGUUGAAUAAAAAACUUGU